GGGACCGGGCUUAAAAGCCAGAGAGUGUUUUACCGCAGUAUCACUAUAUUUCUGCAUAUCUCUCCCGCAUUCUGCGGCAGUCAGGUUAGUUUGGGGGGAGGGAAACCCAUCUGGUAGGUAACGCAGGCAGUCUCACUAGCUCAUCCAUUUUUUUAGUUUUUAUUUCAUAAAAUAAGAGACACUGCAGGAAUAUUUCUUAAUAUUGAUAUUUAUUUGAACAGAGCCGUUUUGACAGUCAUACAUCGGAAUACACACGUAUUUGCUUGAGAGUCGCUUGGUCAUUUAAACCACCGUUUUAACUUUUUCUUUGCGACAGAUUUGAAUCCAUUUGCCUUCUAUGUUGACAUUUUAAACAUCACCCUAGGUCAAAAACAUAUAUAGCUAAUAAGGGAUAGGCUUAUAAAAAUAGUGAAGUAGUGCGGGACAGAGGCAAAACGUAAAUCGAAAAUGGCAAAGGACGGUGAAAAGAAGACUUGCGGCCAGGUGAUGGACGAAUGGAAGGAAUUCUUUUGGAACCCGCGGACACACGAGUUCCUGGGCAGGACAGCGAGCAGCUGGGGUUUGAUCCUGCUGUUCUAUCUGGUCUUCUACAUCUUCCUGGCUGGCAUGUUUACCCUCACCAUGUAUGUGAUGCUGCUGACCCUGGAUGACUACCAUCCAACCUACCAGGACAGGCUGGCUACUCCAGGCAUGAUGAUUCAACCCAAGGGAAAAUCACUGGAGAUCAUUUACAGUAUCCAGGACACGGAGAGCUGGGACAUGUAUGUCCAGAACCUGAACAGCUUCCUUGACCCCUACAACGAAUCUCUGCAGGUCCUGAGCAACAAAGAGUGCCCCCGGGAUAUGUACUUUACACAGGAGGACAGUGGAGAGAUCCGGAACAACCCGAAGCGUUCCUGCCGGUUCAACCGCACCGAGCUGAAAGAUUGUUCGGGCCUCGAGGACCGCUUCUACGGCUACAAUGUGGGCAGGCCCUGUGUCCUCAUCAAACUGAACCGGGUCAUCGGAAUGUGCCCUGGAAAAGACAACGCGUCCCCAUAUGUCAGCUGCGCAGUCAAGAGUGACGUAGUUGGCGAAGAUGAAUGGAAAGAAAACACUGACUUGAUUCGCAAGCUCGACUACUACCCCACAGAUGCCACCUUCAACCUCAUGUACUUUCCCUACUAUGGCAAAAAAGCCCAGGUGAACUACUCGCAACCCUUGGUUGCUGUAAAGUUCCAGAACAUAACCUUCAAUGCUGACGUCAACAUUGAGUGCAAGAUCAACGGCAACUCCUUCGCCAACCCCACAAGCGAGAGAGACAAGUUCGCUGGACGCGUCUCCUUCAAGCUGAGGAUCAACAGUAAAGAAUAAAGCAUCUGCCCUCCCCUUCCCCAGAUCCCUCACAGGCGCGAAUACACACACUAAUGCACAUAUCCAUGACCAUGUACCAGCAUUAGCACCCUGCACUGGUAAGCUGGCACUGUUUAUAUUUUUCUCCCUACUUGCUAAGUUUACUCAUCAUUGUUUGGCAUGAAAUUGUUUAUGCUUCUAGUGUUCUGAGGAUUCAGGGCAGUCAAGGAAGUACUGCAGCACUCCCCUCUCCUCUGCAGACCAUUUCUGUCUUCCAUCACACACAUGUUGCUAAUAGUCACAGAGAGCGCUGGUUGUCACUGCUGUAACCUGGCAGUGACCAGAAACACCUGAUCCCAUCGAGAGCAGAAUCUUCUGGAAUUUUGGCCUUCCUCCUUCCUCUUAAACUACUUUGCAACAGCCCAGCCCUAUAUCAAUUGGCCAUAUUUUUACAAAGUAUAUUGCAUUUAUGAAUCAUAUAUGAGUAUGCAUAAGUUGAUGAAUUGACUUUCCUGAAGAAAGAAAGGGUGCCAGUUCUGAGUAUAUAUUGACAUGUGUUUCUGUGUGUAAUGUUUGGGACAUAGAUAUAAUCUUGUACAGCAGUUUGAUGUAGUCCAUUUAUAUGCAUGAGUGGCUAGGGAAUAUAUUAUAUAUGUAUAUGUAUAUGUGUGUGUGUGUGUGUGUGUGUGUGUGCGUGUGUGCGUGCAUGUGUGCGUGCGUGUGUGCGUGUUUGUGUACAUAUAUCACUAUAUAUAUGCACAAAGCAUUUCAAUUGAUUUAUUGGCAAAUAAUUGGAUAAACAGGUUUGUUUUGCUUCUUUGUUGCUACCCCCACACUCACCACACUUACUGUUCCAGAUACAAACUACAUUUAUGUGUUACCUGAUACAGGUAGUAUGUAUUUUGUUCAAGGAGAACUGCUUUUCCCAUGUGGUCAAGCAGUUUUUUCACUCCAUUCAUUCAAGUUAUAAAGGACAUCUUAGGGUGAUUUCAUACUGCUGGCUACCACCAUUAACUAAAUUAUUCUAAAUGGGCAUCAAAUCCAAUUCAUGCAUAUCUAACCUAAAACAUGGAGUGGUUUUGUCUUGGGGACACUGGAUUUCCGAGAAGUUAAGUAGGUUUUUAAUCUGUGCUUAAAUCUGAUAAUGCUGAUAGCAAUGAUGCUUUUCUGUCUAUUGGGCCUUUAAUUCCUCAAUGCCUUUCAGCAGGUUUCCACUGGAACAAGGCCCUUCUAAUCCCCAAAAGCCCAUUUUCAAAUUCACCUAGAAAUCGGUUCAAAGAAAGCAAAACUUCCUGAGCUUGCAUAUUCAUGCAUGCACAAUACAGCAUAUGCACACAUGCACAUGCACUCACACUUACGACCAAACACACACAUACUUAAAUUAAUUCAUAUAUGAAGGUCCUAAGAUCUCAUGGUACAGGUCUGUUUAUAUGUAUGUGCACUGCAUCAGGUUGUCAUGUGUCAUGUAUGUAAUACCAGUAGAUGUCAUUGUAAUGUUUUGUAUUGAUUUGCACUGAACUUGCACUUAAUACUUUAUGCUUUAUAUGCAAUCAAUACUUAUUUCCCUUAUUCAUAUGUCUGUUCAUUUAUUCAAUCCCCCACAUCCCCUUGCUGAACAGAUGUCUUAUUCCCAUAUUAAUUUCAUGCGUUAAGCUCCUCCCUGGACCUUUGUUUUGAGAAUAUGUCCUAGUUUAUCCGAAUUUCCAUAGUUAUACGACGCUGUACCCCUGUCUAAGAGACAUAUCUACCACCUGUAGCCAUUCCUACAUUCAUGGCACAUAUGGACAUCUGUAGUGACUAGGUGGUGUGUCUACCAUGGUGUCUUUGUUAUGUGUUAAAAGGAAGAAACCAACCAAUAACACUUUCUCUGUGCCACAGUGUAACAAUGGCUAAUGUAAUAAAAACUUUGUGCUCUUUAAUGUAAUAACUGCCUGUUAGUGUAAUAAGAAUCUUGAAUGCUUUGCCGGAUAAUGUAAUAGCUUAGUACAUUAACCUUGGAUUCAAAUAUGUUUUGAUAUACCUCAGAUCAUACUUUAGUCAUUUCCUACUACAGAAAAAAUUCAUAUGUCAUUUCUUACAAUUUCUACAAUUCAUUCAACUGUAUAAUUCUCAUGUUUGUAAACAGUAUGAUAUGUAUGAUAUGAUAGGUAGGAUACUGCACGUUUACUUAAAUGCAUAUUUUACACCUCAAGUAUUUAUCCCUGGUCUGAUGUUAAUGUGUCUAUGAGGGUUCAUGUCGUAGUGUUUCUAUAUCUGUAUGAGCCUUCUAGCGCAAUCUUUUUUAAGUAAGUAGCAAAGUGUGACAAUUGAUAUGACAGAAGACAGAAAUUUUGGAAUGUUAUUACAUUAACAGUUGAAGUAUUACAUUAUUCAUCAAAAAAGUUGCAACCCCCGGUUAAUGUAAUAACCCCCGCUUAAUGUAAUAAGUUAUUACAUGAACUGGCAAUUACUACAUUAAAGAGUACAAUGUUAUUGCAUUAACCGUUUUCGUUACAUUAACUAUUGUUACGCACAGCCACACUGAAACAUAGCUACUCGCUAGUAUUCGCUACUGCACACCCUAGGUCUCAUGAUUGUAAUGCGCAAAGAAGUAAUGUCGAUCUGACAGCAGUGUACAGCACGUCACGCUAUGCUAGUGUCUGCUUGAUUUCCAUACUCAGGUGUGCAUUCGAGCUGUUGCACAUUGUCUAGCUUAUAUUUCUCACCUCCUUCUGUAUGAUGACUGGCACUCCACCAGUAACAGGGGCUUGGCCGCCUUCUUCCACACCUCCACAAUAUGAUAUACAAAUAUUCAUUUUAGUCAAGGUAGAGACAAUGGUUGAAGAGUUGUAUAGCAAUUCAUUUAUUUAUAAUCUGUUAAUGUCUCCUAAUCAAUCUACCCUUCUAGUGGCUUCUUGUAGUCUCUCUUUUUAGCUCUAUGAAAGUCUUUUUCAUCUCAUUUCUAAUUUUUUUCAGUAUUUCUCUUAUCUCAUUCUCUCUAUCUCAUUCUCUUGCUUCAUCUAAUUUUCUCUGUCUCCCUCUCUCUCAAACAACUUAUACAGAAAGGCUCCAUAAAAAAAUAUGUCCUCCGGCACUGUCCUCUGCUUUCUGUACUUCUCCUUUCAUCCUUUAUCUGUAUCUGCUUAUUUUAUAUCUUCAGUCACCCAUGCCCUUGCCUUGCUCCUGUCCCACACAUGCAAGAUCUUUAGGACUUACAAUAGCAUAAACACCAUCGAGUAGCUUCAUACGACUCCAGAUAUAGCCAGUAUAUUUUAGUGAGUUAUGGCUGUUGUAUAUAUCAGUGUUGAUUUGUGUGCAUGUUGGGGUGACACUUAACUGUAUACAGAACAUUUCCCUCAACCAAAGACCCUUCGCAUGCCGCAUCACCUUUACUUACCCCAUCUGUCCAAUGAUUUUGAGCUGGGACCAUGGAUCACACCAGGAAGUGUUCUGGCUGGAUGAUCUUUUUUGUGGCAGUUUUCCAUAACUCCUCUAUCUGGUUUCUGGAAGGCCAAUUUAAAUGGUUGUAUUUAUUUAUUUAUUUAUUUAUUUAUUUAUUUAUUUAUGUGAAUUUAUUUUUUAAACUACUUGCUGAAUUUUAUUUUGUGCUUAUUUUGCUGGCUUUUUGCAAUGAAUCCUUCUUUAUUUUAUUUUUUUACAAGAAAUGUAUCAUUUUCUGCCCAGAACGCUUAAGCUGCAUUAGCAUUUAUCAUCCCCCUAAAAACAGACUGUUACCCCUGAAAAAUGUAAAAAGGAAAUUUGAUGACUUGACAGAAUGUCACACAGUUUGAUUCUUCUUUUUGUUUUACAAUAAUUUCUGUGCGCAGAUAUGGAGACACAAAAAAAAAGUUAGAGCAGUAUCCUUUAUUCAUGUAGAGUGGGUCUGUGAAGUAAGUGUAUGUUACAAACACAUAAAAAGCCUGUGCAAGUUUUGGCUGGUGGGUAAAUUUAAUCCCAACCUAAACCCCCAUCCCCCUCAGCGAACGCUCAUAAACACAAAUGGGACGUUCAUGUCUUCAUUAUCAUCAUAGCACUGAUCGGUGUUGCAGUAUGCGACAGGCCUGUUUGAAGAAAUAUCCCUUUACUGCCAUUCUGCUAGCUGUACCCAAUCCAAAAUAAUAUUAUUUCCCUCCUUGAGUUGCACAGGACAUGAUGAACCAGGGCAUAAAAGUAUCACUAGCUGUUCAUAACCUGAAAUCUUUCAGUAUCCUUCUGUAGGAUUUAUACUGUCAUACUCUGCUAAGAAUAUAUGAGUAAUUUCUGAUUUGUUCAUUUAAUUUUGUUUUCAUUUUGACCUGGAGAUGUCUUCUUAAAGCAAUAUUUAUAUAUAUAUAUAUACCUUGUGUGGCUGUACAUAUAUAUUUUCUCCUUGGGUUGGCUAUUUCAAAGAUGGUGUAAAAGGAACUACUGAGUGAGAGAAAAAGAAUGGGUAUGUGUAAAAAUCUAUAUAUAAAAAGAUUGGAAAUCUGCCAACGCACAGUAUAAAGAUUAAAAACAAGGAUGACUGGAUUAAAUCGUUUUUCAGACAAAGAGAUUUAGCAUUUUUACUCUUAUUUUAUUUUUAAGAGAAUAUAAUACAAUAGCUAUGGAUUGUAGUAGUUACUAUAGAUAGGUGAGCUGAUAGCUAUGUGUCAGCCAGUUAUGUCUAACUGAUGAUGCAUCAAAAUACUUGAAGGGUGAACAUCUAUCAAGUACAUGUGAAUGAUGCAGAUGUUUUCGGUUUUGUCCUUUUGUUUUUCUUCUUGCUUUUACCUUUCUUGUUGUUUUUUCACUAUUUUACAAUCAUGCUGUGCUUGUUGUGUUGUAAUGCUUUUGUUACUUUUUUGUUACCAUUCUGUUGAGUGCCCAGCAUUUCCCAGGUCACAGUACAUUUAUGCAGUGUUUGUUCAAAUAAAAAUAAAAAAACAGCUUCUCAUUACAAUAUUCAUUAUGUCUUAUGCAUCUAUGUAUAUUGUUUCCUGAAAAAUAAUGUUUACAAUGUGUAGAACAAUCCUUACAAUUCAAACAAAAAUGUUUUUGAACAUACAGAAACUUAAAAUUGUUCAGCCAAGCCUUUACAAUCCACUGGACAGUUUAAAAUUGGAAGAAAACUGCACAGGUCAUAUGUCCUUGAUUUGAAGAAUAAUUCUAAAGGUAGAAAGGAUUUUAUUUUUUUAAAGGUCAUUGGAAAUGUGUUUGGCGAACAAGUUCUUAAUCUCUUCCUGUAUAGCUGGCUGUUAUUUGUUUGUUAUUUUUGACAGCUAUUUUAAUUUUAUUUUUUUUUAUUUUUUGCAGUCAUUGUAUUUUUCUUUUUGUUCAUUUUCAUUGUAAAGAUACUAGAGAAACCAAUAAAAAUUACAAUUAAAGAAAAAAUUGUCCAUCUAGUGAA